CCUAGCCUAGACGAGAGAAAGGGAUCCAGAAAAACUCCCCACUAUAAAUUCCUACGCUUCCUCUCAACCCUUGGCCCCAAACCCUAAUUAGCAUUUCGGCAGCCGUUCCCCCAAACCAAAAGAAAUGGCAGCCGCCGCUCGUCCCCUUGUCUCCGUCCAAACCCUUCCCACCAUGAACGAUAUGGCCACCGAUUCCCCGGCCACCGUUCCCCUGCCCGACGUUAUGAGGGCCUCUAUCAGACCCGACGUCGUCAACUUUGUUCACUCCAACAUGUCGAAGAACAGCCGCCAACCCUACGCCGUGUCCAAGAAGGCCGGCCACCAGACCUCCGCCGAGUCCUGGGGUACCGGUCGCGCCGUCUCCCGUAUUCCCCGUGUUCCCGGUGGAGGAACUCACCGUGCCGGUCAGGGUGCCUUCGGGAACAUGUGCCGAGGAGGUCGCAUGUUCGCUCCGACCAAGAUCUGGCGCCGCUGGCACCGGAGGAUCAACGUCAACCAGAAGAGGUACGCCGUCGUUUCUGCAAUCGCCGCCUCGGCCAUUCCUUCGCUGGUGAUGGCUCGCGGCCACCGGAUCGACACCGUUCCAGAGUUGCCUCUGGUGAUCAACGACUCCGCAGAGGGUGUCGAGAAGACAUCCACCGCUAUCAAGCUGCUCAAGGAGAUCGGAGCUUAUGCUGAUGCCGAGAAGGCCAAGGACAGCGUCGGGAUUCGUCCCGGGAAAGGGAAGAUGAGGAACAGGAGGUAUAUUUCUCGCAAGGGACCUUUGGUUGUGUACGGAACUGAAGGCGCUAAGCUGGUGAAGGCCUUCCGCAACAUUCCUGGGGUGGAGGUGGCCAAUGUCGACCGUUUGAAUCUUCUUAAGCUAGCCCCUGGUGGCCACUUGGGUCGAUUUGUGAUCUGGACCAGGUCGGCUUUUGAGAAGCUGGACUCCAUCUACGGCUCCUUUGACAAGGCUGCUGAGAAGAAGAACGGGUAUGUGCUCCCUAGGGCUAAGAUGGCGAAUGCUGAUUUGGCUAGGAUUAUCAACUCUGACGAGGUUCAGUCUGUGGUGAAGCCCAUCAAGAAGGAAGUGAAGAGAGCUCCAUUGAAGAAGAAUCCUCUGAAGAACUUGAAUGUGAUGCUUAAGUUGAACCCGUAUGCCAAGACCGCUAGGAGGAUGUCCUUGUUGGCUGAGGCUCAGCGUGUGAAGGCCAAGAAGGAGAAGCUCGACAAGAAGAGAACUCCCAUCAGCAAGGAGGAGGCAUCUGCCAUCAAGGCUGCUGGGAAAGCAUGGUACCAAACUAUGGUGUCGGAGAGCGAUUACACCGAGUUCGAGAUAUUCUCCAAAUGGCUUGGUGUAUCCCAGUAAAUUUGGGGUGGUUUGUUUGAGCUAUGCUUUAUCAGUUAUCUAGCAGUUUUGUUUGUUGGAUGUUAGGAAUUUUGGUUUUGUUGGACGGGAACGACAUGGUGGUGGUUCCUUUUUUCGGGGGAUUGUCACCAUCAUAUACAUUGUUGUCCUUGGUUGUUUUGUCAUCUGUUAUGUUGAGAUAUUGCUGGUUUACGGUGUUUUGGUUACCAGUGCGCACAUCAUUUUGCUAGUCCCUGUCUGUGGUUCAUCCUUUUGCUUUUCUUGAAACUGGAUAUUUAGGUUGAAGGAUGCCUGAUCGCUCUGAUAUAUUAAGUCAUUUGUUCCAUAGGAUUCGACAAUCCCACUGUCCCAUUUAGCUCAUUGAGCGGGAAACUGAUGCGGGAAAUAAGACCAAUAAAUAAUAAACUCUCUUGGG